GAGUGCUGCCCAAAUCCCGCUCCCAGGCAGCUAAUCAGAGCCACUGCAGCGCGGCGGGAGCAGCGCUGGAGCCGGGCUUGUCCAGCGCGCAGCUCUCCGCGUGCCUGCCGCCUCUGUCCGCCCGUCCGUCCGUCCGCCUGUCUGUGCGUCCGCGCCAGGUGCGCUCAGCACAGCUCUCAGCAUGCUCGCACCGGGGCUGCUGGGGCUGGUGCUGCUGCUGGGCCCUGCGCUGCCGGCCGGGCCCCCGGCCCUGCGGAGUGCUUUGGGUAUCCCUGCUUCCUGCCGGCUGUCCCGGGCUGAGUCGGAGCUCAGGUGCCGUGCCCCAGGGGGGAAGCUGUGCAGUGACAGAGGCAGGUGUGAGUGUGGGGUCUGCAUCUGCCAAGUGACCGAGUCUGGCAAAUACUACGGUCCGCUCUGCGAGUGCCACGACUGGGUGUGCGAGACCUACGACGGGAAAAUCUGCGCAGGCCAUGGAAAGUGUGACUGUGGGAAGUGCAAAUGUGAUGAAGGCUGGUAUGGUGAAGCUUGUCAGUAUCCAACUACUUGCAAUCUUACAAGGAAGAAAAGCAAUGAAAUGUGCAAGAAUUCUCAAGAUAUCAUCUGUUCUGGUGCAGGCACAUGUCAGUGUGGCAGGUGCCAAUGUGCCAACUCAGAAGAAAAUGGACUGGUAUAUGGCAAAUUUUGUGAAUGUGAUGACAGAGAAUGCAUUGAUGAUGAAACAGGAGAGAUUUGUACAGGCCAUGGAAAGUGUUACUGUGGAAACUGUUACUGUGAGGCUGGUUGGCAUGGAGAUAAAUGUGAAUUCCAGUGUGACAUCACCCCCUGGGAGAUCAAGAAGAGAUGCACAUCUCCAGAUGGCAAAAUCUGCAGCAACAGAGGCACAUGUGUAUGUGGGGAAUGUACAUGCCAUGAUGUGGACCCAACUGGUGACUGGGGUGAUAUUCAUGGAGAUACUUGUGAGUGUGAUGAAAGAAACUGCAAAGCAGUGUAUGAUAGAUAUUCUGAUGACUUCUGUUCCGGUCAUGGACAGUGUAAUUGUGGAAGAUGUGACUGUAAAGAAGGAUGGACUGGGAAAAAGUGUGAACAUCCACAUUCGUGUCCAAUCUCAGUUGAAGAAAGUGCUAAGAAAUGCCAAGGAAAUUCCAAUUUACCUUGCUCUGGAAGAGGGAGAUGUGAAUGUGGCCAAUGCACUUGUUUCCCUCCAGGAGACAGCAGAGUUCAUGGCAAAAACUGUGAAUGUGAUGAUCGGCAGUGUGAAAAUGCAGAUGGCGAUGUCUGUGGGGGCCAUGGUAUCUGCUCAUGUGGCCGAUGCAUUUGCCAGGAUGGGUGGUUUGGAAAGUUGUGCCAGCACUCAAGGAAGUGCAACAUGACGGAGGAGGAGAGCAGAAGUCUCUGCGAGUCAGCGGAUGGCAUAUUGUGCUCCGGGAAGGGCUCCUGCCACUGUGGAAAGUGCAUCUGCUCACCCCAGGAAUGGUACAUUUCGGGUGAUUUCUGUGAAUGUGAUGACAGAGACUGUGACAAGCACGAUGGUCUCAUUUGCACAGGUAACGGUGUUUGUAGCUGUGGAAACUGUGAGUGCUGGGAAGGAUGGAAUGGAAAUGCUUGUGAAAUCUGGCUGGGGAGAGAAUACCCUUAAUGGAGGAUGUCAAGGAUUGAGGAGAGUUUUUUUUGUUUGUUUUCCCUUAGGCUGCUAGGACAUUUAAUUUCCGAAGUAUCUGGGUGUGGGUAUGCAUGAACGCACACAUACAUGGAUGUAAAUACCUUAGAACACAUUUGAGGAUCUGCUCCUUAAAGAAAUGCAUCAGAAAACUAAACUAGGGAGCAGGACAGCCCAAGCUCUAGACGUGAAGUCAUAAAAUACUGGCCCUAUGGAACUUCUCCAGAGAUUUUUUGUCAAUUCAGUGGAACCGAUAUUAUACCUGUAAUGACUAUUUCUUUGAGCAACCUGAGGCAAAGGUAUAAGAAGACCCUUUUUUUAAUAUUAUUUACUUGGUUGUCAUGUCUCCUUGUCAGUAUGCGACAAUUCACCUGUAGAAGAGUAACACUAGUGGAAUAUUGUCAAAUAAUUAGUUUGAUUUGUUUUAUGGUAUUUGAAAAAUACAUUAUUUGGCCCUUUCCAACAGUCCUGAUUAUGAACCAACUCAUAAAUUGAGAGAAAAUAUUAUAAAUAUAAUAUUAAUGAUUUUUUAUUUGGUCAGUUGUGUAACUGAGGUCCAAUUACAUGACACUCAUAGGCUGAAGACCCAAAAUGUUUGAAUGAGAACCUUUUCCACAGGAGAACUUUUAGUUUCUGUGGUUGAUAUGUCAGAAAGUUGGUUAUCUAAUCUACAUAUUACAAUACUUUAAAAUACAUAACCUAUAGAAACAUAUGGAGUGAAACUAAUAAAGAUGUAAAAGUA